GAGACUUGUGAUGUGGAGUGAGGCAGUUGAUGAGGGUGUCUCUGCUCUCUGUCAGUGUCAGCCACGUCUGGUGACGACUCCCCUGGCCUGCGCAGGGGAAAUCUGUCAAAUAGGGACAGUCGGGGGUUGUUGACCAGUCUGGUAAAUUGGAGCUUCUUCCUUGAUGCGCCAAUUAUUUGAUCAGAUUCUAGAAUGAAAUGCAACAUUUUAUUGGCUUUAAACUGCUGGUCCUUUCAGCGGCUUUGCUUACCCGUGGCGUUGUUUAUCCGUAAUUUACUGAUGCGAAAGGAACUUUCUUACUCAUCAUACGACGCCACAUUUUCCACUUUUUUUCCACUUCGGUAUUCAGUUUGAAUAAAUAAUCCAGAGUUGCUUGCUCUAAUUGAGCUUCACUUUGGCUAUAGUCUCGGUAUCGCGCGCAACAUCUUCCUGUGGAGCGCUCGUUCUAUCGCCCUGGCAACCAGUCCUCGCGGCUGCGGGGUGACAUGGUUAUUUAAUCAUCAGACGCUUCCAGAAAUACGUGAAUUUUUUGUCGCCUACCACUAUAACACGAAAGUCUGUUUUCUUGAAGUCAGGUUUUACUUCUGUUAAUUCUGAAAUUUACAAGGUUCAUGAGUCGGAGAAGUCUCCUCUUUCAGCGUCAAAAUGCCUGUGAGACGCGGUCAUGUCGCGCUCCAAAACACCUAUCUGGACACCAUUAUUCGCAAAUUCGAUGGACAAAAUCGCAAGUUCCUGAUUGCCAACGCACAGAUGAAGAACUGCGGAAUCAUCUACUGCAACGAGGGCUUCUGCCAGCUCUUUGGAUUCUCCCGAGCAGAGAUCAUGCAGCAGCCAUGUACCUGCCAGUUCCUGGUAGGGCCUGGCACCAUGAAAAGUGCCCUGGCACAGUUGGCACAGGCCCUGCUGGGAUCUGAGGAGCGCAAGGUGGAGAUUCUCUACUAUGCCAAAGAAGGGACUUGCAGGCCAUGUCUGAUUGAUGUGGUCCCUGUAAAGAAUGAGGAAGGGCAGGUCAUAAUGUUCAUCCUCAACUUCCAAGAGCUUAUAGACCCCUCUCUGAAGAAAGGAGGCAUCAGGCAGAGAAUGGCUCAGGGUUGGGUAUGGGCAGGUCAGAGUCGCAGACUGAAGAUGAGAUUGCCUACGAUGCGCGCCAUGCGACAGGCCUCUCUCUCCAAAGACCAGUUCGAAGGGGUGGUGGUAGACUACCUGCAGCCCAACAGCGACGAGGUCCCGCUGAAAGAGUUCCGCAUCCCCUCCAAAGAGAGCUGCAUGCAGUCGGAGACGGAGGCCUUGAUAGAGCAGGACCUGGAGCCGUCCUCUCCCGUCGGCCAGACCUCCCCCAAGCGUCUGUCCCUGCUGGUGGAGCGACUGGACCCUGGCGGCGUCUUCCUCAGCGGGGCUCUGCCCCACAGCCGCUCCCGGGAGAGUGUCCGCAGCCUGCGGCGGGCUUCUUCCCUGGACGACAUAGACAGCAUGAGGGCUGAGUGGACCGGUCGUCAUGGAGACCCUCAGUCCAGCAGCAACCUGAAGCCCAGCACCCUGAACUCCACCUCCGACUCGGAUCUGAUGCGGCCCAGGACCAUCAGCCGUAUCCCCCAGGUCACUCUCACCUUGAGACCUCCGUCUCCCACGGAGAUCGAGAUCAUCGCGCCCAGCAAGGUCAAAGACCGCGCCCAGAAUGUGACAGAGAAGGUUACGCACGUCACGCAGGUGUUGUCCCUGGGGGCAGAUGUGCUCCCAGAGUAUAAGCUCCAGGCUCCACGCAUCCACAAGUGGACCAUCCUCCACUACAGCCCCUUCAAGGCGGUGUGGGACUGGCUCAUCCUGCUGCUGGUCAUCUACACAGCCGUGUUCACCCCUUACUCCGCCGCCUUCCUGCUCAACGAGGUGGAGGACGAGCGCCGGCGUACCUGCGGCUACACCUGCAACCCGCUCAACGUGGUGGACCUGGUGGUGGACGUCAUGUUCAUCGUGGACAUCCUCAUCAACUUCCGCACCACCUACGUCAACCACAACGACGAGGUGGUGAGCCACCCUGGCCGGAUCGCCCAGCACUACUUCAAAGGCUGGUUCCUCAUCGACAUCGUGGCGGCCAUCCCCUUCGACCUGCUCAUCUUCCGCUCUGGUUCUGAAGAGCCCCAGACAACCACUCUGAUUGGCCUGCUCAAAACAGCACGGCUCCUGAGAUUGGUACGAGUGGCCAGAAAGCUGGACCGCUACUCGGAGUACGGCGCCGCAGUCUUGUUCCUCCUCAUGUGCACCUUCGCCCUCAUCGCCCAUUGGCUGGCCUGCAUCUGGUAUGCCAUCGGCAACGUCGAGCGCACCGGCUCUGCCCGCAUUGGAGAGAUGAAAAUCGGUUGGCUAGAUAACUUGGCUGACCAGAUAGGUAAACAUUACAACGACAGCGACGCUGGCUCUGGUCCCAGCAUUAAGGACAAAUACGUCACAGCGCUCUACUUCACCUUCAGUAGUCUGACCAGUGUGGGCUUUGGCAAUGUCUCCCCCAACACAAACCCUGAGAAGAUCUUUUCCAUCUGUGUCAUGCUUAUUGGCUCUCUGAUGUAUGCCAGUAUCUUUGGAAACGUAUCAGCCAUCAUCCAGAGGCUGUACUCUGGCACGGCACGCUACCACACCCAGAUGCUCCGCGUCAAAGAGUUCAUCCGCUUCCACCAGAUCCCGGGGGGACUGCGCCAGCGGCUGGAGGAGUACUUUCAGCACGCCUGGUCCUACACCAACGGCAUCGACAUGAACGCUGUGCUGAAAGGGUUUCCUGAGUGUUUGCAAGCGGAUAUCUGCCUGCACCUGAACCGCACCCUGCUCCAGAACUGCAAGGCGUUCCUGGGAGCCAACAAGGGCUGUCUGCGUGCGCUGGCUGUGCGCUUCAAGACCACCCACGCCCCACCAGGCGACACUCUGGUCCACAGCGGAGACGUCCUCUCAGCCCUGUACUUCAUCUCACGAGGAUCCAUAGAGAUAUUGAGAGAUGAUGUGGUGGUGGCUAUACUGGGUAAGAAUGACAUCUUUGGGGAGCCCAUCAGCCUGUACGGUCGGCCGGGCAAGUCCAGCGCAGACGUGAGGGCGUUGACCUACUGUGACCUCCACAGAAUCCAGAGGGACGACCUGUUGGAGGUGCUGGACAUGUACCCCGAUUUCUCAGACACCUUCUGGAGCAACCUGGAGAUCACCUUCAAUCUGAGAGAUGUAGAUAGAAUAAACCAGGCAACCCCCAGCGAGGAUUCUGAAUGUGGAUACCGUCGGCCACGACGCAGAAGAAACUCACUGCACAGACGCAACCGCCCAGACGGCAUGGACCGCGAGGACUCAUACCCGGACCAGUCCUGUCCGAUGGGGAACCAUCGAGACCCGAACUCCAGUUCCCAGUGGGACGACCUCUGCAGCAGCACCAGUGCCUGCUCCAGCGACGAUGAGAUUAAGCCCGUAGGACACAGCAAAGCUGAGUUGAGAUGCGACACCCACGACUACCGCCCUGCCGCGGUGAGACUGCUGGGCUCCAGCGGGCCCUCAGCCAGCCUGGGAGGGGCCAUGGAGCGAGGAGGACAUCACUACACAGUGGCAGCCCCCGUCAACAUGCCAGGGUACUACGGCAUCUGGCCGGAACGGAGGCCCAGCCAGUUCUCAGAGAGCCAGCGACGCUCGUCCUCAGUGAGGGCCACGUACCACCCUCCCCCCUGCACAGAGAACAGGCCCAGCGAGCUGGAGUCCAGGCUGGAACUGCUGCAGUCUCAGCUCAACAGACUGGAGACUCGGAUGACUGCAGACAUCAACGUGAUACUGCAGCUUCUACAGAGGCAGAUGGCCCCGGUACCUCCUGCGUACAGUGCUGUGUCGCCGAGUCCCCAUCCGCCUCACCCUCCAACGCUGUACGGUACAGGAGCCCCCGUUAUCCAUAGCGUCCCCCCUAUCCCACCAGUCGAGAUUGACAGCAUACCCUCCACACUGCCGAGUUCGGAUUCAGACAAGCACAGGUCCAAGGACUCCCUGUCCAGUGGAAUCCACCUUACUGUGGCCUCUGAUGACACCAUGUCCAUGUCCCCAGAGACUGAGCCUCAUCCAGGCCCCCCAGUGGGCCUCCCCCAGCCCCCUGGCCCUUCCCAGGGGCCCCCCAGACUGCUGUGUGGCAGCCAGCGCUUCCCCUCCCUACCUGAGAACCUGGAGACCUCCACAGACAGCCAAGGGAUCCAUAGGCACGUGUCCGACCCGAUCCUGCCAGGCAGCUAGACCCGCCCCCCCCUCCGCCCUCCACCGAGCAUCCCCUGCCCCACCACAGGAGGGCAGCCAUACUGUGCUCGAGACACCAUGCUAAUCUUCUUCUUCUUCUCCAGCCUUUUCCCAUCCCUGACCCUGAUCUGUAAAAUGCUGCUGAAGAACUUGGAUUGCCUUUCACACUGCAGAGGGGGAAGAUCAGCAAAAUGCCUCCUCUCUCUCUCCCAGACUCACAGGCCAGUACCACUGGCUCCUUUCCUCUCUCUCUCUCUCUCUCGCUCUCUCUCUCUCUCUCUCUCUCUCUCUCUCUCUCUCUCUCUCUCUGUCAAGGCCCAGUUUGGUUAUUAGAGGGUCUGUGUGCUAAGCCUAGCCAGGCCAACCUCUUCCUGAGGAGAACUGAUCUGGCACUGAGCUGACUAUGAUCAUCCAGAAACAAAAACACGUCACACAAAUACUCACAACACGCCCCACAUACCUUUUAAGCUGUAGCAACAACAUACCAUCCUGAUGUUUCUUUUAAGUGAUGAGGUGAGAUGACAAGCAUGGCCGCUUCAUGCUCCUCUUGUGGAGAGAGAUACCUUUUUUGUCUGCCUGUGUGUAACAAUCACACUGUAGAAGACAUGCACAAUUAGCCCGUCCAUUUAGUUUUUUUCCCUUCUUAGAAUUAAAAGAAAAUAUGAAAAUGUGUUGAAUUCAGAAAAAGGGAUGAACAACUAACGUUUAUGCACAAAAUUAACAGUCACAACACUUUGGUUUUUGUUGAUCUAUAAAAUAUCGAGAUGAAUUGAGAUGACAACUAAAAUUAAUUAUUAACGGUUGGUUAUUAG